UCAUAGUUGGCACUAGUGUACCGAAGUUAUGGGUCCCUGCUCUGCUAAGGUAAAACAACCCAAAAUUUCUAGCAGUUCUAAACGCGUCAACGGUUAACCUUCAUUUCUAGGCGGGCAUCAGCCACGAUACGAAUCGAAAAUGAAGGACUUCGAAGAAUACCCGCCUAAUAUGGCGCCCCAAGAUGCGCUUAUAGUACGUGAGCAAGCAGAGCCUAAUCAUGCCGUCGUACCCUACACCGGCGAAGAUCUUGCACGCCCUAGACUCGGACCUUUGAACCCUUAUAAGGACGAAACGAACGCGCUGAAACGGAAGAAUGUCCUCACCGGCCAUGCCGAAGAAACUUUCGUGAGCGAACACACAUUUCGAAGCAAGCAUCGCGCCAUUGAACGCAGAGGCGGACCCGAAAGAGAAUACCAGUCUGGUACCACAGUCAAGGAAGAAGCAGCUAAGCUAAGAGCGUCACGACAAAAAAAAGGCGAUGCGACCAUUGCUGAUGGCGACGGGGCAUAUGUCGGACCCUGGGCAAAAUAUAAAAAAGAUGAAUAUGAAGAAGUUGGAGAGGAUGAGGAAUUGGCAAGUGACGAGGAGGUCGAAUACGUGUACGAAGAUGAGGACGACGUGGUCGCGAGCGGCACCGUUAUCUCGGCACCAGCAGAAGCUAUCGCUAGAAGGAAACAGGUAGAGGAGCUAGGAGACGAGCAGACAGUAUUCCACGGCGAACAGGAAUACGAUUACCAGGGAAGGACAUUCAUGCAUGUGCCCCAAGAUCUGGAUAUCGACCUACGCAAAGCACCUGGCAGCAUCACGAACUACAUUCCCAAGAAGAUGGUACAUACAUGGAAGAACCACGACAACAAAGCAGUUACCGCUCUUCGAUUCUUCCCGAACUCUGGACAUCUAUUACUAUCUUCUGGCGCAGAUACGACAGUCAAAAUCUGGGAUGUGUACCACCAAAAGGAAUUACUACGAAGCUAUUUGGGACACUCCAAAGCUGUAUCAGAUAUAUGUUUCAACAACGAUGGAACGCAAUUCCUAUCCGCGUCGUACGAUCGCCAGAUGAAGCUAUGGGAUACAGAAACAGGCACCUGCGUCAACAAAUUCACCACGGGCAAGACGCCACACGUCAUCAAAUUCAACCCGUCACCUGACCACUCUCACGAAUUCCUCGCUGGUAUGGCAGACAAGAAGAUAGUCCAAUUUGACACGAGAACGAGAGAGCUUGUCCAAGAGUACGAUCACCAUCUCAACGCCAUCAACACGAUCACCUUCGUAGACGACAACCGACGGUUCAUGACCACCUCCGACGACAAGUCCCUACGCGCCUGGGACUACAACAUCCCAGUGCCCAUCAAAUACAUCGCAGAACCGUACAUGUACCCGAUGACGCGAGCGUGCGCGCACCCGUCUGGGAAGUACGUAGCGUACCAAUCAUCUGAUAACCAGAUCGUUGUAUAUGGCGCCAACGACAAGUUUCGCCAGAACCGUAAGAAAAGCUACCGCGGCCAUAACAAUGCCGGCACCGCGAUCGAUGUCGCGUGCAGUCCCGACGGCCAGUUCCUUGCUUCUGGUGAUAGCGGCGGCUUUGUCUGCUUCUGGGACUGGAAGACAUGUAAGAUGUAUCAUAAACUGCAAGCAGGCGACCAGGCUAUCACGUCCGUGCAAUGGCAUCCUCAGGAGACGAGCAAGGUCGUUGCUGCGGGCAUGGAUGGGAUCAUCAGGUAUUGGGAUUAAGUUGGAUUAAGCGGCUACGAGGGGGUUGAUACGAUACGGCAUUAUGGCAUGGCGUUUUCGGCGGAUUCGAGUAAAAGCAUUGUCGAUACCAGAAUAUGACUUCUAAUGAUAUUUUAUUCCUCGGACGUUCGAUCUUCAGUCCUUCUCUUCAAUAUCACCUUUCAUCACGUUGCACUGAAUACUUGA